AUGAAAUUGAAUAAGAUAUAUUCUUUUAUUUUCCUUUUUUUUGUGUUAUGUGUAUUACAAGAAAAUGUAAGAAGGGUUUCAUGUGAUAGUAGUGCUGAAGGUGAUAAUGGAACAAAUGGUGUGUCAGCAUCAGGGGAUGAUAAGAAGGAAAUAAAAAGAGAUAGAGACACAUUAGAAGAAAUUGAAGAAGGAGAGAAACCAACUGAAUCGAUGGAAAGUCAUCAAUAUCAAACUGAAGUAACAAGAUUAAUGGAUAUUAUAGUUAAUUCUUUAUAUACUCAAAAAGAAGUAUUUUUAAGAGAAUUAAUAUCUAAUGCAGCUGAUGCAUUAGAAAAGAUUAGAUUUUUAUCUUUAUCUGAUGAAAGUGUAUUAGGAGAAGAAAAGAAAUUAGAAAUACGUAUUUCAGCAAAUAAAGAAAAGAAUAUUUUAUCAAUUACAGAUACAGGUAUAGGUAUGACAAAAGAUGAUUUAAUAAAUAAUUUAGGUACAAUUGCAAAAUCUGGUACAUCAAACUUUUUAGAAGCUAUAUCUAAAAGUGGAGGAGAUAUGAGUUUAAUUGGUCAAUUUGGUGUCGGUUUUUAUUCUGCAUUUUUAGUAGCUGAUAAAGUGAUUGUAUAUACAAAAAAUAAUGAAGAUGAACAAUAUAUAUGGGAAUCAACAGCAGAUGCUAAAUUUACUAUAUAUAAAGACCCAAGAGGAGCUACAUUAAAAAGAGGUACACGUAUAUCAUUACAUUUAAAAGAAGAUGCAACUAAUUUAUUAAAUGAUAAAAAAUUAAUGGAUUUAAUUUCUAAAUAUAGUCAAUUUAUACAAUUCCCUAUAUAUUUAUUACAUGAAAAUGUAUACACUGAAGAGGUCUUAGCAGAUAUUGCUAAAGAAAUGGUAAAUGAUCCAAAUUAUGAUAGUGUAAAAGUAGAAGAAACUGAUGACCCUAAUAAAAAAACAAGAACAGUUGAGAAGAAAGUCAAAAAAUGGACACUUAUGAAUGAACAAAGACCCAUAUGGUUAAGACCACCAAAAGAAUUAAAAGAUGAAGAUUAUAAUCAAUUUUUUACUGUUUUAUCUGGUUAUAAUGAUAAACCAUUAUAUCAUAUACAUUUUUUUGCAGAAGGUGAAAUUGAAUUUAAAUGUUUAAUUUAUAUUCCAUCUAAAGCACCAUCUAUGAAUGAUCAGUUGUAUGCUAAACAAAAUUCUCUCAAAUUAUAUGUUAGAAGAGUUUUAGUUGCAGAUGAAUUUGUUGAAUUCUUACCCAGAUAUAUGAGCUUUGUUAAGGGUGUGGUUGACAGUGAUGAUUUACCUCUUAAUGUAUCUAGAGAACAAUUACAACAAAAUAAAAUAUUGAAAGCAGUUUCUAAACGUAUUGUACGUAAAAUAUUAGAUACGUUCCAUAAAUUAUAUAAAGAAGGUAAGAAAAAUAAAGAAACCCUACGAUCUGAAUUAGAAAAUGAAAGUGAUGAAGAGAAAAAAAAAGAAAUUACGAAAAAAUUAAGUGAACCAAGCACAUAUAAAUUAAUAUAUAAAGAAUAUAGAAAAUUUUUAAAGAGUGGUUGUUAUGAAGAUGAUAUUAAUCGUAAUAAAAUUGCAAAAUUACUUUUAUUCAAAACUAUGCAAUAUCCAAAAAGUAUAUCUUUAGAUACAUAUAUUGAACAUAUGAAACCUGAUCAAAAAUUCAUUUAUUAUGCUUCUGGAGAUUCUUAUGAAUAUUUAGCCAAAAUACCACAAUUACAAAUCUUUAAGAAAAAAAAUAUUGAUGUACUUUUCUUAACAGAAUCUGUUGAUGAAUCAUGUAUACAAAGAGUACAAGAAUAUGAAGGAAAGAAAUUUAAAUCUAUUCAAAAAGGAGAAAUCACUUUUGAAUUAACAGAAGAAGAAAAGAAAAAAGAACAACAAAUGCAAAAAAUGUAUAAAGCAUUAAUUGAUGUUAUAUCAGAUACUUUAAAAAAUCAAAUAUUCAAAGUAGAAAUUUCUAGAAGAUUAGUAGAUGCACCAUGUGCUGUUGUAUCAACUGAAUGGGGAUUAUCAGGACAAAUGGAAAAAUUAAUGAAAAUGAAUGUUAGCAAUUCUGAUCAAAUUAAAGCAAUGAGUGGACAAAAAAUUCUAGAAAUUAAUCCAAAUCAUCCAAUUAUGAUAGAUCUUUUAAAAAGAUCAGUAACAAAUCCUAAAGAUCUUGAACUAACAAAUAGUAUUAAAAUUAUGUACCAAUCAGCUAAAUUAGCAUCAGGAUUUGAUUUAGAAGAUACUGCAGAUUUGGCUCAAAUUGUUUAUGAUCAUAUUAAUCAAAAAUUAGGAGUUGAUAAUAAUUUAAAAAUUGACGAUUUAGAUCCAUCUAUAUUUGAAACCAAAAAAAUUGAAGAUGAAAAUGACUCAUCUAAAUUUGAAGAGGAAAUCAAUAUAGAUGAUGAAAUACAAAAAAAGGAUAAUAAUGGAGAUGAUGAUUUAAAUAUUAAAAGUGACGAAUUAUAA